AUGGCGUUUAAUGGGGGCAACGGCAAGCUUCCUCGUGGAUUUUCUACCUUCAUGGGCUUUGACGCAGUUCGGGACUCCGCUGGUAGAGAUCAUUCCGACUCAAAGGAGCGCUAUCUCGAGAAUAAUACUCAACCUUCUUUCCCUUCAAUGUCCGAUAUCACCGGGACACCUCAUAGUCGUGGAGCGUCAGAGUCCGUUGGAAGAUCCUCAGCAGCAAGUAAACCUGAAGAUAACAGUACAGAGAUCAACUCCAACCCAUUCGACGAUUUUGUGGGGAAUUUCGCGAAUCCCCCGCAUAAUUUGGGUGAAAACGAUUUUCCAAACAACGAUAUCACGAAUCUUCCAGAUGAUGGUCCUAAACUUGGGCCCUAUGUUUCCCAUAAUAACACGGAAGCAACGGCCAGCACCUCUUCUACGUUGUCUCAGAUACCAGGCCUCACUUCUGAUGCUCCCACUCCAGUUGAUGCCACGGACGCUAGAACACCGGAGCCUCAAGACGUUAACUCUUCCUCAGCGCUACGUAUCCACCAAGGAGACUCGGAUGUCGGCAUGGUUGCUAAAUAUGAGAUUUAUGACGCUCUGAGAAAAAUCAAUAGAGCUUUUUUUGCGUAUAGCAAUGCUACCUCUCCGAAUGCGCUCGUACGUGGUAAUUACGACGCUCAGAUCGAUCAUCCUGCCGCUCUCAACUGUCGAGAACUUCUGCUAAACGCUAGAUUGCGACUCAUUGACCUUCAAGAUCUUGAGUCAGGCGAGUACCAUCGUCAACCGCCGCCGAAGGAUCGUUAUUAUGAGGACGAUGAUGACGAGGAAGACACUGACCGCGAAGAUGGCCGCGAAGAUGACGAUCAUUGUGAUACUUUCACCGAUGCUGGUACGGUUUUGACUCUUGUGGCAGACUGCGGAAAAGAACAGGAAACUUUCACACCUACUAGCACACAGGCGACUCAUGACGAAGAUAUUGAGGCGGCACUUAGACGCAUAACGAACACUGUCGACGAAGAGGGAAUUCCCAACAUAGCUGAUAGAAAGAAAAGCUACGAGCUUGUGGUAGAUGCAGCCCUUCACAUUGAAACCCUCAAAUCGGCCUCAACCAUCUGGAGGUCGAUUGAGGAGGCAAGGCGAGAAAUGGAAUCUAAAGUCGUACGCCCUAAGCACGACGACACCAUACCGCGAACCGUGGCCCAGAAACGGGCAUUGGUAAAAGUGUUAUUCACUAUCAUCACCGACGUGGAAUAUUCCACCGACAAUCCAAAGACCCUACAGAAAUUUAUCAAAGAUUGGGAGAGCAAGGCCAAAGAAAUCGAGUUAUUCUGCUGGGAGGUCGUGGAACUCAUGAUAAAACGGUGCACAGAAGGCCCCCUCUCCAGUGGCACGCAGUUCCACGGCAAUUUCAAGCUGAGAAUGGCUGCGAUGAUUGAGUGCUUGCACUGCCGCAAAACGAGCUUCUUGUCGGCUUUACGACCGACUUUCCUGCAAAGACUUGUCGAUAACCCCCGCGAGAAGAUGAAUCAAUCUGAGAGUAACCAGAGAGGAAAUAAGAAGAAGGGCGAUGACAUAAAAGUUGGCAGACAAGCACGGAGUGCGGAGAGAGCAGCUUCAGAUACCACCGCAUCAAAAACGAGAAGCGGGUCACAGAACAACCCUCAAUCGAGGAAGCAGCAGCAGAGUGCUGGAGCCAUGAGAAAGGCUACUGCUAAACCACGGAAGAACGCCAGAAAGAAGAAUCAGGGAUCAACACAGUCGCAGAAUCUGGACAUGAGGGCCCCUUCAAUGCUUCAGACAUUGCAACCGUAUCCUCAAGCCGGUCAGGGUGGUAAUCGACUCGAAUGCAUACUGGAAACGCCUUCUUCGGAAUCGCACUGGGCUACCGGUCAUCAACAAAUGCAGAACGGAGGAGGUCGCCAAUCCUCUAUACUUAGCAUCGCUUCACAACGCCAAACAGCUCAUAAUCCAUCAUUCCACAUGAAACCCGACACGCGUCUGAGGACUCAGCCCUAUCAACAGAUACCUGCAGCUUCGCCAAACUCCAGUUCUGAUCCCAGCCUCAGUACUUUUACGCAUUCGGGGUUUUCGUCGAUGGACCACGAUAUGCAUGUGGUUUAUCAGGCCCAGCCCGGGCAACAUCAACAAUCUCACCACUACCCAGCUCAUCUGUUUUAUUCCACCAGUAACAGGCGCCCAACAAAUCUAAGACAGGGCAGAUCGCAGUCAGAGCAGACUCUCCCUCUAGGUGUUCCACCGUAUAGCAACCAAGAUCCUUCGCAGCCUCAAGAAAUCCACGAAACCUCUAUCAUGCUAGAAAAUGCGUUCACUCCGAACCCAGGCGCCUUUGGACUCCUUCGCUCCCCACAAUCCACACCUGCUGACUUCCGUCAGACAUCCUUUCAGCGAACCAAUUCCCAUGUCACAGGAGAGCAAUCCUACACGGACGAUGGGUAUGAUCAUUCUCCAGUGCCCACGAAGCGUCUUCGCCGCUAA